AUGGGCGCUGGAGUGAAAUUUGUAAUCUUGCUCAGACUAUUUCUUGAAGUAGGUUUUGCUGCUGGAGAUUGCAUGGAUAAGAUGGGAUUGGAAGAUGGAAAAAUUCCAAACUCCGCAUUAUCGUCUGCUAGUGAGUAUAGCGCAUCCUAUGCAGCAAAUAAAGGAAGGCUCAACCACCAGACCACUUAUAUUGCUAAGCGCAACGACAAGGGCCAGUGGUUCCAAGUGGAUUUUGGAAAGAUUGUCAAAAUAACGAGGAUUUUGACCCAAGGACGCCAUAACGCCGCACAAUGGGUGACCAAGUUUAUAGUGUCUUACAGCCUUGAUGGAGGAUAUUUCUCGUUUCAACUUCACCAUCCUUACAAUGUUCCGCGGGAAUACUAUGCCAAUAGAGACUAUCAGACUGUCGCGGAAACCAAGCUGGACGAACCAAUCAUCGCCCGUAUUUUUCGUGUUCACCCGGUGGAAUGGCAUGCAUACAUUUCAAUGAGGCUUGAGUUUGUUGGUUGUGACUCAGGCUUCCAACCUCCAGUUUUUCCUACGUGCAUGGAUGGACUUGGAAUGGAAGAUCCCAACGAAAUCCCUGAUUCAGCCAUAACUGCUUCUUCCUAUUAUAACAACAACUACCGGCCGAGCCAAGGUCGUCUUUACCAACAGUAUCAGGGAGGUUCUGGAAGCUGGCUGGCCAAAACAAACGACCAGAACCAAUGGCUUCAAGUGAACUUAGGCGGAUGGAGACAAGUGAUGAGAUUCUGCACCCAAGGAAGGCUAGAUGCGGCACAGUGGCUGACUAGCUACUCACUGGCGUUCAGUUAUGAUGGAGUCUUUUACAGAACGCUCCAAGGGACAUUCAAGGGAAACACAGACCAAUUUAUGCCCGUUUGCCAUUUGCUGGAGCGGGGACAAGUGAUAGCGCGAUAUGUGCGAAUUAUUCCUCGGUCAUGGCAUGGGCAUAUUGCCUUGAGAGCUGGUUUUUAUGGCUGUGAAUCUGGAUUUGAUAUCCCCAAAAUAGAGUGUGCGUCGCCUCUAGGGAUGGAAAGCGGUGACAUAGAAGAUUCAGCCAUUGUAGCGUCGUCGCGCUAUAACCAGUGGUGGGGGCCUGAGCGUGGAAGAUUCAACGAGGCAGUUGAUGGGAGUUUCCAAGGAGGCUGGGUUUCCCAAUACAAAGAUGAUAAACAGUUCCUACAGAUUGACUUACAGAAUGUUACCAAGGUGACCAGGAUUGCAACUCAAGGGCGCUAUGACGCCGGCUGGUGGACAAAGGCCUAUACCCUGGAAUACAGUGUACACGGAGGAGAAUUUUUAUCGUAUAAUGAUGGCCAGGUUCUACAAGGAAAUAUUGACUAUACUUCUGCUGUUGGCCAUAACCUCAACCCACCCAUUGUAGCUCGUUUCAUCAAAAUCAACGUCAAAGAAUUCGUUGGAUAUCCAUCAUUGAGAGUGGAAUUAUUUGGAUGCACCAAAGGUUUCUCCGUCCCAAAACCGCCACAGUGCAUGAAUGCCUUGGGCAUGGAAAACGGCAAUAUACCUGACUCCGCUAUCUCUGCAUUUAGCUCAUAUAACGCUAACAGCUAUGCCCCUUCCGUUGGCCGACUUCAUUUUCUUAUGUCUGGCAGUGGAAAAUAUGGCAGCUGGGCUGCCGGAGCAAACAAUCUAAUGCAAUGGUUCCGGGUUGAUUUUGGCCGUUGGACAAAAGUUACAGCUGUCGCCACACAAGGGAGACAGGACUCCAAUCAAUGGGUUAAAAAGUACAGCCUUUCGUACAGCUAUAAUGAAGUGUUUUGGGCAACGGUUAAAAACGAACAAGGCUCAAAACAGGUCUUCAAUGGCAACUCCGACCGAUACACGGUUGUGAGGAACUUGCUGGACCGACCAGUUGUAACCCGGUACAUCCAGAUUCAUCCUGAAGAGUGGUAUGGACAUGUGUCCAUGAGAACGGAAUUUUACGGUUGCAUUGAAGGCGUCGAAGCUCCUAAGAUAGAAUGUUUUUCGGCUCUGGGAAUUGAAAACGGCGCGAUUCCAGAUUCGGCCAUCGUAGCAUCAUCGCGUUACAACCAAUGGUGGGGACCUGAACGCGGAAGACUGAACGAGAAGAAAGAAGGUAGCUUUAAUGGAGGCUGGAUUUCCCAAUACCAGGACGAUAAGCAGUUCCUGCAGAUUGACCUGCAAAAAGUGACCAACGUGACCGGGAUCGCUACACAAGGGCGCUAUGACGCAGGCUGGUGGUCAAAGACCUAUACCUUGGAAUACAGUGUUCAUGGGGAAGCUUUUGUACCAUACAUUAGUGGGAAUGAGGUGCGUUAUUAUUCUUUGCUGCCGCUCAUGUUGAUGCAAACUGUAAUUUAA